CGAAGCUCGGAAUUGCGGAGAAACUAAAACCCUCGCAAAGCCCAACACAGUUACUGUUAGCAUCCGCACAACAACCACAGCGAGAAGACGAUGGCUUGGCGCUCUGGAUCGGUUUCUCGGACGCUAAUGUCCACGGUCCGCUCUUCAUCUUCUCGGGUAUCUUCAUCGGUUCCUCAACUCCGACCGCCGCCGCUCACUGCUCCUCGCCGCCUGCCGGGCCGCCAUUUCUCUGCUGCUUCCAGGAGCUUGGGAGAAUUGGGAUGCGUGCAAUCAUUUUUGCCAAUUUACAGCAUGACAGCAGCUUCCUGCCUGACAUCCCACCUCACUGUUAAUGUUAGAGCUUUUUGCGAGCUGUCUCAUGGUACCUUCUGCCGUACUUGUCAAGAUCGCUAGUGGUCGCUUUGUACUUAAAUUUGAAUGGGAUUAAACACAGCCAUGUGCGGCAAUAUGCGGGUGCAGGGGACUCGUGAAGAGUUGAUACUUCUGGAGCUUAUGCUUUGGAAAUAGGAUAAAAAUGUUCUUUAUUUUAUUAUUGGUCAGAACAGGGAUUAAAACAACUAGAUAUUUGUACCAUCGAGCUGUUGUUUCUCUUUCAUUGUUACUCACUAUGUCUGUCAUUGAUUUACUAUUAAAAGGAAAUUUGUUUGCCGAA